AUGUCUGACGAUUGGGAUUCUGCCACUGUCAUCGGCGCUAAGGCCCGUGGGAACGCCAGCAGGACCACCGUUGCGAAAACCAACGCUGAGAUCAACGCUGCGAGACGAAGUGGUACCGUUGUUGCUACUGAGAAGAAGUAUGCCGGUGGUUCCAACAAGGUUCAGUCUACAGAAGGCCAAAGGCUCACCAAGAUCGACCGUGAGAAUGAGGUUGCCCCUCCGCCAAAGGUCGAUUUGAGCGUCGGAAAGGCCAUGGCCCAAGCCCGCCAGGGCAAGGAGCCCCCGAUGUCGCAAAAGGAUCUUGCCACCAAGGUCAACGAGAAGCCUUCAGUUAUCAACGACUACGAAUCCGGUCGUGCUGUCCCCAACCAGAUGCUUCUAGGUAAGCUAGAGCGUGCUUUGGGCGUCAAGCUAAGAGGGAAAGAUAUUGGUUCCCCUAUCGGGGGGCCUAAGAAGAAGUGA